AUGGCUGCGAGAGCUAUCGAAGAUCCUGAAACUGGAAGAAUCCACACCACCAGGGACGUUGGUUUCCCACAAUAUGGAGAUGAUGAAGGAAACGGCAACGGUACUGCCGCUGACACUAGCCCGAAGAAACCAAUUGAACCCAUCGGUAGCGGUGGCGGUAGUGCAGUGAGUGAACCACCAAAUUUGGAGGAAGAGGUGAAGAAGCCGAGAAUUCCGAUGAAGAAAGUGGUCCGCCAGCCUCAGCAAGCUGCAUUGAUCACCCCGUCACCCCAGGGCCCCCCACGGGGCCAGCCUGGACGGUUGACACUCAGACGGAGACGGUGA